CUGAAGGGAUUUACUGAAAACAGAAGACCUAUUGUGGCUGUGAGUGGCAGCAACCAGUAGGCUUGCUGCCUGAAUCAAAUAAAAGGAAAACGAAGAAGGAAGGCUUGCUUCUGUUUUUUUCAGAGGAGUUCUAGUCUUCACCUUCACCUUGGAUGUCAUCUCCAGCCUUCCUGCGUAGACCCUUUGGCCUUCUGAUACAAACUCACACGGGACACUAGUGAGCUCCAGGCCUUCAAGUGGAUCGUUUGGAUCUCUAACCCACAGACAGCCCUUUUGCACUUUUCCACACCUGCCUUUGUGGCUGGCCAUUGUAAGCCAAUCUUAAAAAGUGGAUGAGUCCUGUUUUCAAGAGAAGAUGACUUUUAACAGUUUUGAAGAAACCAAGACUUGUGUACCUGCAGGCAUCAAUAAGGAUGAAGAAUUUGUAGAAGAGUUCAAUAGAUUAAAAACUUUUGCUAAUUUUCCAAGUACUAGUCCUGUUUCAGCAUCAACACUGGCCCGAGCGGGUUUUCUUUACACUGGUGAAGGAGAUACUGUGUGGUGCUUUAGUUGUCAUGCAGCAGUAGAUAGAUGGCAAUAUGGAGACUCAGCAGUUGGGAGACACAGAAAAGUAUCUCCAAAUUGCAGAUUUAUCAAUGGGUUUUAUUUUGAAAAUAGUGCUGCGCAACCUACAAAUCCUAGUGCCCAAAAUGGUCAGUACAAUGCUGAAAACUACCUGGGAAACAGAAAUCAUUUUGCUUUAGACAGACCACCCGAGACUCAUGCAGACUACCUUUUGAGAACUGGACAGGUUGUAGAUAUAUCAGACACUAUAUACCCAAGGAAUCCUGCCAUGUGUAGUGAAGAAGCUAGAUUGAAGUCAUUUCACAACUGGCCAGACUAUGCUCACCUAACUCCCAGAGAGUUAGCUAGUGCUGGACUCUACUACACAGGUAUUGAUGAUCAAGUGCAGUGCUUCUGUUGUGGUGGAAAACUGAAAAAUUGGGAACCUUGUGAUCGUGCCUGGUCAGAACACAGGCGACACUUUCCAAACUGCUUCUUUGUUCUGGGGCGGAAAAUUAAUGUUCAAGGUGAAUCUGAUGUUGUGAGUUCUGAUAGGAAUUUCCCACAUUCAACAAUUCCUCCAAGAAAUCCAGCCAUGGCAGAGUAUGAAGCCCGGAUCAUUACUUUUGGGACAUGGACAUACUCAGUUAAUAAGGAGCAGCUUGCAAGAGCUGGAUUUUAUGCUUUAGGUGAAGGUGAUAAAGUAGAGUGCUUUCACUGUGGAGGAGGACUAACCGAUUGGAAGCCCAGUGAAGACCCUUGGGAACAACAUGCUAAGUGGUAUCCAGGGUGUAAAUACCUGUUGGAAGAGAAGGGACAAGAAUAUAUAAACAAUAUUCAUUUAACCUGUUCACUUGAAGAGUCUCUGGUAAGAAGUGCUGAAAAAACACCAUCACUGGCUAAAAGAAUUGAUGAUACAGUCUUCCAGAAUCCCAUGGUACAAGAAGCUAUACGAAUGGGAUUUAGUUUGAGGGAUAUUAAAAAAUUAAUGGAGGAAAAAUUUCAGACAUCUGGGAGCAACUAUGUAUCACUUGAGGUUCUAGUUGCAGAUCUAGUGAGUGCUCAGAAAGAUAAUACACAAGAUGAAUCAAGUCAGACUUCAUUGCAGAAAGAGAUUAGUACUGAGGAGCAGCUAAGGCGCCUACAAGAGGAGAAGCUUUGCAAAAUCUGUAUGGAUAGAAAUAUUGCUGUAGUUUUUAUUCCUUGUGGACAUCUGGUCACUUGUAAACAGUGUGCCGAAGCCGUUGACAAAUGUCCCAUGUGCUACACAGUCAUUACUUUCAAGCAAAAAAUUUUUAUGUCUUAAUCUCACUCCAUAGUAAGCAUGUUAUGUUCUUAUUAUCCUGAUUGAAUGUGUGAUGUAAAGAAACUUUAAGUAAUCAGCAUUGAAUUCCAUUAGCAUUUGCUACCAAGCAGAAAAAAAUGUAAAUAGCAGUGUUGUAGUUGGCAAUCUAGCCUGGAAUUUCUGGGUUUUUCAAGUUAUUAACUGCUAUAUCCAAUUUUUUCAUUGUUAUUCAAUUGAAACUAGACUAAAAAGGAUCAUAAUGUAACUGCUCGUACUGUGGAUUUGUAGUACGCUGACUUAGUUUCUAAAGUGUAAGUGAAUUAAUCAUCUGAAUGUUUUAUUUUUUGAUAGGCUUAACAAAUGGAGCAUUCUGCAUAAACAUGGAGAUUAUAGUUAAAUCUCUACAGUCACAUAAUUUGUUUUGUGUGAAGAAGGAAUGAACUGUUCCACACUGGUGGAAAGAUAGGGAUAUUUUUAGAUAUUUGUCUUUGUGUCUUAGGAUUCUGUCCAUUUUCUUUUAAAAUUGCAAACAUACAUGUGUGAAUGAUUUUAAAAUGAUUUUGCCAUUUUUAAAAUGGUUUUUAAUGAUAGAAUACCAUCUAGCCAACAUGUACUGACAUUGAUGUCAAAGAUAUAUUAAAUGUAAAAUGCAAGUGGCAGAACACUGUGUAUAAUAUGAGGUAAAAUCAAGGUGUAUGUAUUUUGUAUCUAUAAUAGAGUGAAAGAUUUGGAAAGAUACAUCACAUGAAAUUGUUAACUGUGGUUUUUCUUGAGGGGUUGGGGUUUGGUCCCAGAGGGAUUUUCUGGGGCCCUUCACUGUCUAAUUUUUUUCAUUUUGUUCAGUUUGAAAUUUUUGUAAGUAUGUAUCACUUCUGUAAUCAGAAUUUUUUUAGAAAGUAUUUUACUGAUUUAAAGGCUUAGGCAUGUUCAAACGCCUGCAAAACUACUUAUUGCUCAGCUUUAGCUUCUCUAAUCCAAAAAGGCAGGGCAAUUAACCUUUUUGGUGCCAAUAUAAAAUUUAAAUGUUUGUAUGUUUUGCCUGCUUUGUGGAUGAAAAAAUAUUUCUGAGUGGUAGUUUUCUGUUAGGUAGACCAUGUCUUAUUUUGUUUCAAAAUAAAUAUUUCUGAUUUUGUAAAAUGAAAUAUAAAAUAUGUCUCAGAUCUUCCAAUUAAUUAGUAAGGAUUCAUCCUUAAUCCUUGCUAGAUUAAGCCUGCCUAAGUCACUUUACUAAAAGAUCUUUAUUAACCCAGUAUUUUAAACAUCUUUCAGCUUAUGUAGGUAAAAGUAGAAGCAUGUCUGACCCUCCUUAUAGUUAUAGUGAUGGCUUUCCAUGUUGAGACUCUCAUGGCAUCUUGUAUCUUAAAGUUCAUGUGAGUUUUUACUGUUAGGGUGAUUAACAUGUAUAUUGGACAAAAUGUUAAGUCUUUUCCUCUACCUGCAUUUUUUGUUGUUGUUUUCUUGACUAGUAAUAGUAGUAGAAACCUUUAAAAAUGUUCUCUCAAGAUCCUUAAAAACCUCUUGGAAAUGAUAAAAUAGUAACAGAAGAAUAGUUGUUUUAAAUAUUUUUUAAGAACUUGAAUAUGCGUCAAUAUGAAAGUUUAACAGUGCUUCAUAGAAUAUCUGGAAUUUACAUUCUCGAGGUAGACUUAUGUAACAGCAAAUAGGGCAUUUUACUGCAGAGAACUGUUUGAGAGUGAAACUGUUAAAAAUUAUAUUUUUAUUAUAUUUUCUAAGACAAAGUAUUGUUAUAUUCUCCUAACCUCUGUUAAUUUCUGUUAAGUGAUACUUGUAUAAAGCAUUGCAAAUUUAAAUGAGAUUUGCAAAAAUUAAAUAAUCAUUGCCCUA